CGGUUUUGUAAAGUUCGGCUUCUUCGCUCGUCUUUUUGUUCUGCUUCUCUCUCCGAGAGAGAAGAAGGAAAACACAAAGCUCAGAUCAGCUGCGAAGCCUUCUUUCGUGUCUAGGUCUCGAAGACAGUAACGUGACUCAGAGAUUACCGUGUCUUUGUCUAGAUUGCUGUGUUUGUGUAAACAUGGAACCCAACAAGGAAGAUAACGCUCAGAUCACAGCAGCUCCAGUUCCAGGCGUCUCUACUAUACCACCAAUGGCUCCAAUACCGAUGGUUCAACAUCCUCCACCACUUGCACGUCCACCUACUUUCAGGCCACCACAAAACGGUGGAGACAAAGCUAGCGACUCGGAUUCUGAAUCAGAGGAUGAGCAUUACGUGAUAUCUGAAGAGAGUAAGCAGGUCAGAGAAAGACAAGAGAAGGCAAUGCAGGAGUUGCUUAUAAAGCGUCGUGCUGCUGCUAUCGCAGUGCCAACGAACGACAGAUCUGUUAGAGACCGGCUUAGACGGCUUGGGGAGCCUAUUACUCUAUUUGGGGAACAGGAGAUGGAGAGAAGAGCUAGGUUGGCUCAGCUUAUGGCUAGGCUUGAUAUCGGCGGGCAGUUGGAUAGACUGCUUCAGGCUCACGAGGAAGAUGCGGCUCCAAAAGAGGAAGUGGAAGAUGAAGAACUUCAGUACCCUUUUUUCACUGAGGGGCCAAAGGAGCUUAGAGAGGCUAGAAUAGAUAUUGCCAAGUUUUCUGUGAAGAGAGCUGCUGUAAGGAUUCAGCGUGCGAAGCGGAGGAGGGAUGAUCCUGAUGAAGAUGUGGAUGCAGAGACUAAGUGGGCUUUAAAGCAGGCUAAAGGAAUGGUUCUUGAUUGCAGUAACUUUGGGGAUGAUCGUCCUUUAACUGGCUGCUCCUUCUCAAGAGAUGGAAAGAUACUUGCCACAUGUUCUCUAAGUGGAGUCACUAAAUUAUGGGAGAUGCCUCAAGUUACAAACAAGAUUGCUGUGUUGAAGGAUCACAAAGAACGUGCAACUGAUGUAGUGUUCUCCCCUGUGGAUGAUUGCCUAGCAACUGCUUCUGCUGAUCGAACUGCAAAGUUGUGGAAAACUGAUGGAACGCUCCUACAAACGUUUGAAGGUCAUUUGGAUCGUCUUGCACGUGUUGCCUUCCACCCAUCAGGGAAGUACCUCGGGACAACAAGCUUUGACAAAACAUGGAGAUUGUGGGAUAUUAACACAGGAUCAGAGCUGCUGUUGCAAGAAGGCCACAGUCGCAGUGUCUAUGGAAUUGCAUUCCAACAAGAUGGAGCAUUAGCAGCUUCCUCUGGGCUUGAUUCGCUUGCACGGGUUUGGGAUCUCCGCACUGGUAGGAGUAUUCUCGUCUUCCAAGGACACAUCAAACCGGUUCUCUCAGUGAACUUCUCUCCGAAUGGAUAUCACUUAGCAUCUGGUGGUGAGGAUAAUCAGUGCCGUAUUUGGGAUUUAAGAAUGAGAAAGUCAUUGUACAUUAUACCAGCUCAUGCUAACCUUGUGUCUCAAGUGAAGUAUGAACCACAAGAAGGCUACUUCCUGGCCACUGCAUCAUACGACAUGAAAGUCAAUAUAUGGUCAGGCAGAGAUUUCUCGCUUGUUAAAAGCUUAGCAGGACACGAAUCAAAAGUCGCCUCUCUAGAUAUCACUACAGAUAGCUCGUGUAUCGCAACUGUAUCACACGACCGUACCAUCAAGCUUUGGACAAGCAGUAGCAACGAAGAAGAAGAAGAUCGAGGCGGGGAAACAAUGGACAUGGAUCUCUAGUUUCUUUAUUCAUCAUAUUUGCGUGAGAAGAAAGCAACAAUGGGUUCAAAGAUUAACUUGUUACAGAGAAUCUUUAAAAUGUUAUUGAUUUGCAAUCUUGUGGAGGAUUAACAAAACUCAGGAUGAUGAUACAUUGUCUUUUGAAAAUUUUGCUAAUAGUCGAACAAAAGAAAGUUACAUUGCUA